AAGUGGAUAACAAGCUGGCUUAGGCACCUCUAGUUAAAUAAUUUUGUGAGCGGGUAAACAGUGUCUGUAGAACCAAUGAGAAGAAGGGGCGGGCCAGGGGGUGGUGUGGGCGGACCGCGGGUCGGGGGUUGCGGCUGUUUACGGCGUGGUUGUGUCGGUGACAGUCGGUCCCGAGCCGUCGUACAGUUUCAGUCAUGUACUCCCUUUGGUUCCUCCGAGACACUCCUGACGUACUGAUCGUGGUGGGUUCCGGUCGAGCGGUCCAUCAGUUCGCCGGACAUCGUACUCUGCUGGCCUCCCACAGUGGGUACCUCAAGUCUCAGCUGACUCCAGACACCCACCAGGUCUCCGUACCCAACGUCACUCCCGAGGUGUUCGCUCCUCUACUCACGUUCAUGUACACCGGCUACUUGGACUUGACCCCUGACAACAUCUACGCCGUGCUACUGGCCACUCACCUCCUACACAUGCCGCGCGCUCUCGACCUGUGCCGUGCUUACCUCGUGCAGAGCCAACAGUCCACUCUUCCACGACCACCGACCAUCGUCAAACCUGUCCCCAGCAGGAAGCCGUUCCCUUCGCUCCUGCCGCCGCCACCCGCUCUCUACUGGGCUCCUCCUCCGUUUUUGCCCGCAACCGCAGAUGCGCCUUUCAGACCUAUAUUUCCCUCUGCGGUCGACGCGACGAUGGCAGAACCUCCGACUGACACGAUCCGUGAGUCUCCUCCGGCGAUACCGUCGACCUCUGCGGAGCGGCAACCUUCACCUCCACCCUCCAGCCUGUCUCCGUGUCUCUCGCAGACUUCCGACGCGUCCGAUCAGGUCACCGUGACCGUCUCCAGACAGAAACCCACAACUAAACAGGAAGGAAAAGUGAUCGUGGACGUGGCGUGUUGUGAUGGUCCCGUCAGGUUCCACCGCGUGCUCAACCAGAACUACGGCAAAUCCAAGUCUUCACCGGGCGCCGCCACGUCCGCGGAGAAGAGCGACGACGGAGAAGUGUACACUUGUCAAUUCUGCGACCACACGUUCAAGAGUCACUACUGUUAUCAAAAGCACGCCAGAAGACAUCUUAAUCCUGUGCCGGUGAAGACGUCCAAGCCGAAGCCCGCCAAGCGAGAGGUCAGACUGUUAGACAUGAACGUCCAGUACUACCCUUGCAAGACUUGCGGUAGCAAGUUCCCCAGCUACUACUUCGUGCACAAACACCGAAAACUGUGUCAUCCACACGAAGAAUCCAAUUCGAGCGUGAGCGCAACCACGAGCCGAGCGGCGACUUCCACCCCCAGCAACUCCGAGACCUCGGAGCUGACUGUCUGAGAGUCCCUGAACUCCGAGACACGUGGAACGACAGAUCCACCGUCUCGGAACCCACAACUGCCCGGCAGCACGGACAAUGCGGCUGCCAGCGACUCCGACACAUCGGAGUUAACUGUCUAAGAGUGCUCCAGCGACGAGGCUCGGCACCUCUGCAUUAUAUCACUUGCUGGUCACUUAUCUCUUCUGAUGCAUGAAGAGAAACAGACAACAAACUAUAAACUGUGAAGCCAACGCUCUUCGAGUAGUCGUGAGCUCUUCGUUUUCUUACUCCAAUGAGUGAAUCUGUGACUGAUUAAGUUAUGUACAUGUGUAAAUGUUAUUUCUUGUUGGUCCACCUAUACAAUGACUCAAAUUUGGUCGACUUUCUCUAUGUUGUAUUGUUAGAAGUGUUGAAGGAAUAAAAAGUUAUAAAACUAAUAUCAAGUGUCAAUUUCUUUCAAUGAACCGGUAAGUUAGUCUCUCAAUGUUCCUCAUACAAUAGCUGUAGUUUAUAAUCCGAAGUGAUUGUAGUUGAAUGUACUAAGCCCCUGUGCUUAAACUGAGAUGGAUAUAAUCUCUUGUACCUCUCAGAUAACUACAGCGGUGGCUUUAACACACAUUUUGUGGAACUAAGAGACACUCAAACAAUGGAACUUUAUUGAAACAAAAUUGAUGUGUUUUUGAAGUAAAAUUACACGCAUUUCAUAAAUUUUGUUGUACUUAUAAA